AUGUACUGUAAAUACUCUAUAAGUACUCUACCAAUAUUAUGGGCCAGCGGGUGCCGACCCCAGUACAGGGGCUGGCGAGGUCUGGGCCGCUACUUCCGCCGGUGGCAGACCAUCAUCGACGCGGCCGUAUUGGCCGUAACGAUAGGCGUACUAUUCGUGCCGGAAAAGGGCCGGGAGUCGCACGUGGCGUACGCGGCGGCCGCCUUCCGCGGCUUUCACCGGUGCUUCCAAGUGGUCCGACUCGUGGCUGUGGGCCGUAAGCCUCGCCGCGGGUCCGCCCGUGGCUUAGCUCAGGCACCGUUUCGCCCGUUUAAGACACUAUACACGGUGAUGGGCGCCCAGCGGGAGUCACUGAUCGUGGUGUUUUAUAUCAUGUUUGUGGUGAUGUGUUUGGCCGCGUUUCUCAUAUACCUGGCCGAGAGUCCCACUAAUCCAGCUUUUGCUACCGUUGGCGAUGGUUUUUGGUUUACGAUACAAACGGUAACCACCAUUGGUUACGGCGAUGAAGUGCCGAAAAGUGUUGUGGGUAAAUUUGUGGCCUCAAUCAUUAUCAUAGUGGGUUUUGUGUUGUACGCACUGCCGGCCGGUAUUAUCGGCGCCGGUUUGGCCAUCGCUGGUCAACAAGAGUCUGUGGUCGGCGCGGUUGUCGGAGCAUCCAAUAGGGCCGAACUGGUGCCGGCCGUUCAGCUCAUACAGGCCUGUUGGAGACAAUAUGCCGCCCAUCCGACCACCAAAUCCACGGUCACGUGGUAUACGACUGCCAAUCGGGUGAUAGCGGACCGGACGGAGCGCAAUGUCGUGCGAUUCGUGCGACGCUUACGUCUGGUACGCGCCGUACGUGUGUUUAGCGAAACGCGCCGUAAGUCUGACGCAAACUAUAGGCUUGAGAGGGAAGAGGCGCUGCAUAGGGCCACUACAGGUGCGCUGAAUGCGUUGCGAUCCGAGUUGGCUGAUAGGGACAGUCGGUUGGCCGCAGACGUGGCCACUAGACUGACCGCCGAAAUGGACGCAAAGUUUGCCAAACAGUUUGAUUUGUUGCACAAUUUGUUGAAUAAUAAUAAAAACUUUGAAAACGAUAAUAACUUUAUACUACGCUCGAAGCCAUUAAUAGAGGAGUUAAAAAUCCGAUUGUCAUCUAUUCAGGUGGACAACAAUACAAUUAGGGUAAUAAACAACACAAUUAAUCGUGGCCAAUUAAACGUGAUUAACAAUCUGGAUACACAAACCCGUAUGUCUCUUAAACGGGUUGAAAGCAACAUGGCCACCACGAUUAACAGCGGAGCACAGGUCACUCGGAGUGAAUCGACCAUGAUCACCAAUCUGGGUACAGGCAAACCCGGAGCAGGCCAACUGUCACCGACACCAACUUUUACAGUCUACCAGCGUCUACAGCGCACUGUUUAUGAGUUUCUAUGCUCGCCUACCGGUGCUCUGUCCGCCACUUAUCACACGUCGGUGUUUUUGUUUUCCAUAAUGUGUUUGGUGUUGACUGUGUUGGUGACGAUACCCCGAUUUGAGCCAACCUGUUGGCCAAUUAUGGUGGCCGUCGAGAUUGCAAUUGUCGCCUGGGUUGGGCUAGAGUUUUUGAUCAGAUUAUGGGCCAGCGGUUAUCGGCCAAAAUACCGUGGUUGGCUCGGUCUAGCCCGGUACCUCAUGCACUGGCAAACCAUCAUCGAUUUCGUGGUGUUUGCCGUAUCAUUAGGCAUACUAUUCAUACAGCCAUCAGUGCAAAACGCCCAUGUCAUAUACUUGGCCGCAGCCCUACGUGGUAUUCAUCGCUUUUUCCAAGUCGUACGCAUAGUGUCUACACUUAAUGGGGGUUCAUAUGGUGUGUCCACCGGUAGUGGUGGUAGUGGCCGACCCUUCCGGCCGUUUCGCAUACUGUGGUCAGUGCUCCGUUCGCAGGCCCAGGAGUUGGCCGUUGUUUUCUACGUUGGUUUUGUACUGUAUUUUAUAUCCGCUUAUCUUAUAUUUGUGGCCGAGAGUCCAUACAAUCCCCAGUUCGGCACCAUUGCCGAGGGCUUGUGGUGGUCGAUAACGAUCCCGGGCAAAUUUGUGGCCUCCGUGGUUAUUAUAUUAGGCUAUUGUAUAUUUUCACUGCCGGCUGGUAUUAUCGGUGCCGGUCUGGCCAUUGAAGUGAACAAAGAUCAGAUUAAUGUCAAAAAUGGGGCAGAUGUGGCGCCGGCCGCUCAGCUCAUACAAGCCUGUUGGAGACACUAUGCCGCCCACCCGACCACUAAAUCCACGGCCACUUGGGUUACGGCCAGCGAUCGGGUGAUAGCGGACCGGACGGAGCGUAAUGUCGUGCGAUUCGUGCGACGCUUACGUCUGUUACGCGCCGUACGUGUGUUUAGUGAAACGCGUCGUACGGUUGACAUCCGUGACCUAUACGAGAGCACACGAGCUCAACACGUGCUAACUUUGGCCAAAUUGAAAGCGUUAGAGUCCAAGUGUGAGGUCAGUCACAAUGAGUUGAGCGACAGAUUGGCCACAAUUGAGAGGUCAACUAAAGAGGUGACCGAUUUGUUGCGGACCUUGGGUAUUAUAUCACGACUAAAGACCCGUUUGUCCAUAAAACGAGCGGAAAACACGGGAAAAACUGAGCAACAACACCGGCAAUCACCGCCAGCUCACACAGUUUACCAGCGCCUACAGCGUCAAGUCUAUGAGUUUCUGUACGCACCCGCCGGCGCCCUGUCCUACAUAUACCACGUGGCGGUGUUUCUGCUAGUGUUUAUGUGCCUAAUACUGACAGUGUUGAUCACUGUACCCCGAUUUGCGGUCACCUCGUGGGACGUUAUGUUCAACGUUGAGAUUGUUAUUAUCGCCUGGUUUGGCGUCGAGUUUGCAGUCAGAUUAUGGGCCAGUGGUUAUCGGCGCGCGUACCGGGGCUGGCGUGGUCUAGCGCGGUACCUGCUACGCUGGCAGACCAUCAUCGAUUUCGUACUACUAGUCGUAUCGUUUGGCGUACUAUUUGUACGGCGCGAUACAUCGGCCCAAAACUCGCACGUUAUCUACGCGGCCGCAGCCCUGCGCGGGUUUCACCGCUUUUUUCAAGUCAUACGUAUUGUGUCGACAGUGAGACGGGGCUCGACUAGUGGUGGUGAUAGUGGCCGACCCUUUCGGCCCUUUCGCGUGCUGUUAUCGGUGGUCAGAUCGCAGGGUCAGGAGCUGUUGAUCGCCUUUUAUAUCGGUUUUGUGGUGUUUUGUUUGUCCACUUAUCUCAUAUUUGUCGCCGAGAGUCCGCACAAUCCCGACUUUGCUACUAUUGGUAAGAGUAUGUGGUGGGUGGUGGAAACAUUGUCCACUGUUGGUUAUGGUGAUGAAGUACCGAUAACAACUGUGGGCAAAUUUGUGGCCUCGAUCAUUAUCAUAUUUGGCGUUUUGUUAUUUUCACUGCCGGCGGGUAUUAUCGGCGCCGGUCUGGCCAUCGAAGUGCGUCAAAAUGAGAUCGAUGUGCACAAUAAGGCAGAUGUAGUGCCAGCCGUACAGCUCAUACAGGCCUGUUGGAGACACUAUGCCGCCCAUCCGACCAGCAAAUCCACGGCCACUUGGGUUACGGCUUGCGAUCGGGUGAUAGCGGACCGAACGGAGCGUAAUGUCGUGCGAUUCGUGCGACGCUUACGUCUGUUACGCGCCGUACGUGUGUUUCGUGAAACGCGCCAUACGGUUGACAUCCGUGACCUAUACGAGCGCACACGCGCUCAACACGUGCUAACUUUGGCUAAAUUGAAAGCGUUGUGGUCGGAGUUGGAGGACCGGGAGGUACGGCACUCGCGUUUGGCCAGUGAUUUAAUGGAUAGGUUGGCCGGCAUUGAGGCCGCGAAUCGGGAAAUGGCCGACAAGUUUGACAAACAGUUUGAUUUGUUAAAGAAUUUGCUGAGCAAUCAAUUAAGUGUUAAUGAAGUGUAG